AUGCAUUUCACAGAGCAAGAAACCGCGAACGUGAAGUCAUGGGUGGUUAAGAAAUUGGAGGACAUCUCUGACGCAGACUCUGAUGUCCUUGCGGACUACGUCCUCGCGCUCAUCAGCUCUGAUGCGCCGGACGAAGAAAUCCGCCAGAUCUCCAUCGACAACCUGGAGGAUUUUUUGCGCGAACAUACAAAGCCCUUUGUGGAUGAGCUCUUCGCCUCUUUCGGCCCCAAGGACUCCCAGCCUGCUCCCACUUCUCAAAUCCCCGCACAGCAACCCGCGCAGAACUUUCCCCAGCCUGGAAGCCAGCACCCAUUCAACGCGCCCACAGGCCCCCGCAAUGAUUUCAAUCGAAAGCGCACGUACCAAGAAGGAUUCCAAGGCGAGCAAGACCUUGGAAAUAACAUGCAGCAGAACCGCGCCAUCAAGACUCCGCGCCGCGGCCGCGGCGGCCGCGGUGACUGGAAUGGUGGCGGUCAUGGCCAGUCCUCCCAGCAGUUUCCUGGCCAGGCGCCUGGCUUCAACAUGAUGUCUGGGUUCCCUCCCUUCGACCCAAGUGACCCUAUGGCAGCUAUGAUGAUGCAGAGCAUGCAGGGAAUGGGGUUUCCUGGUAUGCCUGGCAUGCCGCCUAUUGCUGGUCAGCCGGGCUCCGAGCAGAUGGCGGGGCAGCCGUGUCCAUUCUAUGAACAGCAGGGCAUAUGCUACCUUGGUGGUGCUUGCCCUUACGCGCAUGGCGAGGGUGCUGGCAAAGGUGACGAGUAUGACCCCAAGACCGCAUCUUUAGCCACCGACUCAAAUCGGGACGGUGGUUCAUUCCGCGGGGAUAGAGGACGGGGCCGUGGCCGCGGGGGUAACAGUGGACGAGGACGCGGCCGGUCCGAUUUCUCGUCUGCAGGACCAAAUGAAGACCGCUCUAUUACUACUAUCGUGGUCGAGCAAAUUCCUGAUGACAAGUUUACGGAGGAGGCUGUGCGCGAAUUUUUCUCACAGUUUGGCAACAUCACAGAAGUUACAUUGCAGGCCUACAAGAAGCUCGCGCUGGUCAAGUACGAGACUUAUGCGGAGGCCAAGCAAGCGUGGUCUAGCCCGAAGGUUAUCUUUGAUAACCGCUUCGUCAAGGUCUACUGCCCCCCCGCAUUUAACAAGGAAGAAUUCCAAAAGCAGCAAGAAGAGAAGCAAAAGGCGCACGAGGAACGCUUGAAGAAGCGCCAAGAGACGGAAGAAGCUAAACAGGCCCUGGAACGUCAGCGUGAAGAACUCAUCAAAAAACAGCAGGAAGAGAAGGCCCGUCUUCUCCAACGUCUCGGGAGCUCAGCGAGCAAUGAUGCUGGUGACGCCACUACAGGAACCGGCGAAGCCCCCGCGGAUGAAAAUGUGAGUGAAGAAACCAAGAAACUCCGCGCACAACUCGCUGCCCUCGAAGCCGAAGCCCAGACCCUUGGACUCGAUCCGGCGAACUCUCCUCGCGGUGGCUUCCGUGGCCGUGGUGGCUUCCGUGCUCGAGGCGGCUUCCGUGGACGUGGCGGAUUUGAUCCUUCCUUCCGGGGAGGAUAUCGCGGACGAGGAGGAUUUGCGCCUCGUGGCCGUGGCGGUGUCUUACGACUGGAUAACCGGCCACGACGCAUCAAUGUACCUGGCGUCGAGCUCAACUCGGAUAAAGAUGAGGCACUGCGCCAGCAUCUCAUUGGCCUCGGUGGCUAUGAGUCUAUCGAACCAAACCCUGACCAGCCCGGCUCUGUGAUCGUGGCUUUCAAAGAGCGGUACCAGGCUGAGAAGUUUAUGGUCAGUUCCUGGAAGAACCCAAAUGCCGGGGAUGCUCAGCUGUCCUGGAUGCCUAACUUGCCUGCUGCGUCACCGACACCUACCUCGACGGAAGCGAAAACUGCGAAUGGGAAUGGACCGACUGUCGACCAAGAUACAGUUAUGGAGAGCGCACCUUCCUCUGCAACAGCAUCUGCACCCGCACCUCCCAGUGCUGCUGCUAAUGGGGCCGCGCCAUCGGGCCCCAGCGAGCCGAUGGAUUAUGAUGUUGCUGAGGAUGACGCCUGGUAG